CUCCGCGAUUGUUGGGUGUCGCGCGAGCGCCGUCGGGCCGACGAUUGAGCGUUAAAAAAAAAGGUUGCCCAUCAACAAUCAAUUGAGGUCUAGCGGCGUCGCCGCGGCGGGGGAGCUAAGCGCAGGACUCAACACUAGAUCAAGAAUGGGCUGCGCGGCGUCGACGGGCCCCUUGUAUCGCGACGAGCACGACUUCGCGACGACCGCGGCCUACUACGACAAGGAUGAGGAUGUCAAAAAGGACUGGGUUGAAAAUGAACAAUUGGGAGAAGGCAUGUUCGCGCGCGUCGUGAAAGUAACGCGCAAGUCCACGAAUCAACAAUACGCCUGUAAAGUACUCAGAAAGACCACUGUCAUCGAGGACAACGAGAUCAAGCUCGCCCCGAAGGCGUCGGACUUAUUGAGAGAGAUCGAUUGUUUGCGGCGCGUCGGCGGGGCCAAGGGCUGCCUGAAGCUUUGUGGGGUGGUAGAAUCCCCAUCAGAAUUGAGAUUAGUGAUGGAGCUCUGCGCCGGUAGUUUGUUAGAUUACGUCCACGACCUAGACCAAUUCGACGAGCGCUUCGCCGCCUUAUAUGCGUCGCAGCUACUCGAAGCGGUCGCCUAUCAUCUGGUGCGACUCGGCGAACGCGUGCACCUUCCCGACGUCGGGCGCCGGCGGCUGCCCGGAGUUCGGCUCGCAGUACAACGACGAUUCGGCCGGCGACGACCACUCGGGCCACGACCACGACGAGGGCCACAGCUCGGACGGCGCGACCGCCACCGCGCCGGCCGUCCUCGUCGCGGCGCUCGCGGCGCUCGCCUACGCCUAGUCGUCGCGGCGCCCAAGGUUCCUCAUGUCCAUCCCCACCUCCAUAGAUCCGCGUAGGCCCUACGCCUAACGACAGGGA